AGAUUAUUCAUUUUAUUUUCUAGAUAAAAUAAUAAAUAUGGCUUCAAGAAUUAUGACUACCAGAUUUUAUGCACCUAAUAUGCAAAAUAUUGUUUGUAUGUUAAGUGUUAAUCGAGGAAUGGCUUCAGUAAAUCCACCAAGUAAACAAAAAAAUGAUGCAUUAAUUUCUGCUGUGAAUUCACCUUUAUCACAUGAUCCAAACUUUCCCUUGCCUGGUCAUGUAGGUGUUGAUUUAAACAGCCUAGUUAGCUGCAACAAAGCAGUUGAAAAAAUUAAAUAUCAAACCUUAUCUUCUGUAUUGCUUAACUUGAAUAAUGAAGCUCAAAGAAAGCACGAUUUGUUGACACAAUUCACUUCAAAACAAGAAGAAACGCAAGAAAGUUGUUUGACAGAUGUCUUGGUUAAUUGUCCAGAUAAAGUUGAAUGCAAAAUCCAAACUUGUCCUCAAACCUUGUCAAAAGAUUUUAAGAAGUUGUUUUCUUCCCAAGAAAAUAAUGACUUAACCGUUAUCACAAUUACACAACAUACAGUCAAUGAUAUGGCAGCAUGGUCUGAAGAAGUAGAAAAAGAAAGAGAAACCCUCAUAUGCAUGUUUAUUGAAAAUGCAAAGAUGAUUUGUGAAAAAAUUAUAGCAAGCGGCUAUUGGGCUGACUUUAUUGAUCCUUUUUCUGGUCGAGCAUUUUAUAGCGAAUACACAAAUGAUACUUUAUUUGAAACCGAUGAUCGAUUUAAUCAGUUAGGAUUCAAUGUUGAGGAUUUGGGAUGCUGCAAGGUUCUUUUUCACAACAAAUGGAAGAGCAACGUGUUUGUUGGUGUAAUAUUUACUGAUGCUCCAGCACAAUGUCACAUGUUCAACAACUGAUUUUUUUUUUUAAUUGAUUAAAUCUAUUUUAUUUGUUACGUAUAUUGUUGUUGGUCUUUACAUACAGUUUUACUAAUAUAUGUUUAUUAAAACUAUUUAGAA